CAAAUUUAUAUAUAAAUAAUAAUAUUCAUUCAUUCUGUUUAAGCAAUCUUUCUGAGCCUUGACCUUCUUUUGAAAUCUCAACUUCACGACACAACAGAAUCUUUUUGUUUUUCGAAAUCAACAUUCAUAUGAAGAUGAAGGUUAGGGUUUGCGAGCUUUGCGAUCAACAAGCUUCCCUCUAUUGCCCCUCCGAUUCAGCUUUUCUCUGCUGGAACUGCGACGACACCGUUCAUCGCGCUAACUUCCUCGUAGCUCGCCACCUCCGCCACCUCCUCUGCUCCGAAUGCAACCGUUUCGCCCAAACUCACAUCGCCGGCGCUACACCUCCCUGCCUCGCACCAACCUGCCGCUCUUGCUCGCCGGAGAAUCCUUCCGACGAUGCCCCUUCUUCGUCUUCUUCAUCUGCUUCCGUUUCCAGUUCCGAGUCUUGCGCUGCGGCUCCGAAGGAGAUUAAGGUUAAGCGCCGCGCGAAGGCGGGGAGGGUGAUGAGUUGUUCGAGUUCCGUGACCGACGAUGGAUCUCCGGCGGCGAAGAAGAGGCGGAGAAAUGUUGAGUCGGUGGCGGUGGCGGUGGCGGAGUCGGAGGAGGUGUUUGUGAAAUGGAGCAGAGAGUUAGGGUUAGAGUUAGGUGUGAACGGUAAUCGCGUGGCGUCGCGUGCUCUGGGUUUGUGCGUUGGUGUUCCGUUAAGGGUUGCUGCUGCGACGUCGUUUUGGUUGGGCCUCAGAUUUUGUGGGGACGAGUCACUCGCCACGUUUCAGAAUCUGUCGAGGUUGGAGGCAAUAUCAGGGGUGCCAGCUAAGCUCAUUGUGGCCGCACAUGCCAAGCUCGCACGUGUCUUCACACACCGUUUCCAAUUACAAGAAGGAUCGGACGAGUCCUAACCUAAAAUCUACGAGCCUAGCUAGCUUCCUAUUAAUCAAUAUAAAAAAACUAGAGUUUAUUUUAUUGUAUUUUAUUUUGUUGGGAUUAACGUGUAACAAUUUAACGUUGUUUUGCAUUGCCGCUGUUAUUAAUGCCCUUAUAGAAACUUAGAUUCAGUUACAUAGCUAAAAGUAAAAUCGCCAAAAGACCAAAGAUUUACGCUUUUAUCUGUGGGGUAAGAAAAAUGAACCCAAAAUGUCUAACAUGGGGUCAUGAUAAUUGAUCAUGCAUUUAAUCUAUAUGCUGUUUCAU